AUGGCGCCUGCUGGUGCACUGCUUGGUAGGUUGGGGCCUCACUUGGCGCAGCAUGCUUGUCAUUGCUAUCGGAUUGCUGAGAACUCUCGCCAGUUGCGCCAACUCCCUUGGCUUGAUCUCUUUCUUAGCAUGGGUGGAGGCGGAAGCGACGGAAACAGUGUUGGCGGUGGUGGUAGUGAUGGUGGUCGAACCGUAGUCUUGGUUGGACGUACUGGCAAUGGUAAAAGUGCGACGGGAAAUAGCAUCCUUGGAAGGAAGGCAUUUAGGUCGCUGGCUAGCUCUGCUGGGGUUACAGAUCAAUGUCAGCUGUACACCACUGUACUGAAAGAUGGUCAUAUCCUUAACGUAAUCGACACUCCCGGAAUAUUUGACUUCACCCCUGAGACUCACAUGGGUGAAAGGAUUGUUGAAUGCGUUAAAUUGGCCAAGGAUGGCAUCCAUGCUGUUCUUCUUGUAUUCUCAGUGAGAAGCCGCUUUUCGAAAGAAGAGGAAUCCUCCCUUCGCUGCUUGAGAGAGUUGUUUGGAGAGAAAAUUAUUGAUCACGUGAUUGUAGUUUUUACUGGUGGGGAUGAGCUUGAAGAAGAAGGCGUUGCACUUGAUGAAUACUUGGGGCGGUGUUGCCCUGCCCCUUUGAAGGAUCUUCUGGAGGAAUGCGGAAACCGAAAGGUUCUGUUUGAUAAUAAGACUAAGGAUGAAGCAAAGAAAGCCGAACAGCUUCAAGAGCUUGAGGCUCUUAUAAACACAGUUGUAGCGCUGAAUAAUGGUCUGCCAUAUACAGAGAAUUUAGUUGCUGAUUUGAAGGAACGAGAGCAGAGAUUCCACGCUAAGACAGAAGAGGUUAAUUCAUUGAAGGGAUGCUCUGAGCAGGAGGUUUCUAAGAUGAUGGAAGAAUUGAAGAAAUUCUAUGAAGAACAAAACCAACAAAUGAUUCAGAGUGUUGAUUCUAGGAUGAAAGAGACUGUUAAGGGACUUCAAAAGAGACUGGAGAGCCAGAAGGCUGCGAAGCGCAAGGCUGAAGAGAACGCGAGGAGGCUCAAUGAACAAGUUUGCCAAGCUGCGAGGCGCGUGGCUGAAGAGAACGCGAGGAGGUCCAAUGAACAAAAUUGCCAAGCCGCAACGAGCGUGGCUCAAGUGCACGCGGUUUUGCAUCAACAUGUUAGCAAUAUGACAAAGGAGUGCUCAAUUAUGUAG